CCUCCCUGGGUCCCGCAGCACCUGCUCCUGUUGGGAAGCUGUAAGCACACCUGUUAGGGCACAGGCCCCACCCCCCUGGAGCCUAGCCGCCCCUAGGAAGGGUGGGGCUGGUUGCCAAGGUGCCAAGGCCUCAGGUAGCAGCUAUCUUGGGUUGCGGAUCCGGAAGCAGGAAGUAGCCUGUGUUCUCAGGACCUGGCAACUGGCUGACUGGGGGAGCCUGGAGGCUGGCUGGAGCUGAGAUGGCCUUGGCAGAAGACCUGGAGAAGGAGCUGGAGACCACGGCCCAGGAAGUGCUGGGGAAACUGAGGAGCCGUCAGCUGUUCCAGUCCAGGUGGGACACUGCUGCCUUCAUCAUCUUUCUCAUCUUCCUUGGCACUGUGUUGCUGCUGCUGCUGCUUGUUUGCAUCCACUGCUGCUGCUAUAGCUGCUGCAGCCGCCGCACCUCCAGAUCCCAGAAGGUGAGCCCCGAUCAGGAACACCGCAGGGGUGUGGAUAACUUGGCCCUGGAACCUUAACACACCGAGCCCCCCAGCCCCUCUGCCCGUGUGUCCUGCUGGGCAACAGGAACAAUGCCUUGUUUGUCCAGAA